AUGGGGCGCACGUCCCCGGAGCUGCCGCUGCUGGCGCUGCUGUUGCUGCUGCCGCUGCCACGGGCGCUGCGCGGGGCGCCCUGCCCCGAGCCCUGCAGCUGCCCGCCCGACGGCGCCCUGCGCUGUCCCGGCCCGCGGGCGAACCUCACCCGACUAUCACUCACCUAUCUUCCUAUUAAAGUAAUCCCAUCUCAAGCUUUCAGAGGACUCAAUGAAGUCGUAAAAAUUGAAAUCUCUCAGAGUGAUUCCCUGGAAAAGAUAGAAGCUAAUGCCUUUGACAACCUCCUCAAUUUGUCUGAAAUACUGAUCCAGAACACCAAAAACCUGGUGUACAUGGAGCCUGGAGCAUUUACAAAUCUCCCCCGAUUAAAGUACCUGAGCAUCUGUAACACAGGCAUCCGAAAGCUUCCAGAUGUUACGAAGAUCUUCUCCUCUGAAUUUAAUUUCAUUCUGGAAAUUUGUGAUAACUUACACAUAACCACCAUACCAGGAAAUGCUUUUCAAGGGAUGAAUAACGAAUCCAUAACACUGAAACUGUAUGGAAAUGGAUUUGAAGAAAUACAUAGUCAUGCGUUCAACGGGACAACGCUGAUUUCCCUGGAGCUAAAGGAAAAUGCGCAGCUGGAGAAGAUGCACAAUGGAGCCUUCCAGGGGGCCACAGGGCCUAGCAUCUUGGAUAUUUCUUCCACCAAACUGCAGGCCCUGCCUAGCUAUGGGCUGGAGUCCAUUCAGACGCUAAUUGCCACAUCAUCCUAUUCUCUAAAAAAACUGCCAUCAAGAGAAAAAUUUACCAAUCUCCUAGCUGCCACAUUGACUUACCCCAGCCACUGCUGUGCUUUUAGAAACUUGCCAACAAAAGAGCAGAAUUUUUCAUUUUCCAUUUUUGAAAACUUUUCCAAACAAUGUGAAAGCACAGCAAGGAAAGCAAAUAAUGAAACCCUUUAUUCUGCCAUCUUUGCUGAGAGUGAACUGAGUGGCUGGGAUUAUGACUAUGGUUUCUGCUCACCCAAGACACUCCGAUGUGCUCCUGAACCAGAUGCUUUUAAUCCCUGUGAAGAUAUUAUGGGCUAUGACUUUCUUAGGGUCCUGAUUUGGCUGAUUAAUAUCCUAGCCAUCGUGGGAAACGUGACUGUCCUCUUUGUUCUCCUGACCAGUCGUUAUAAACUAACAGUGCCUCGUUUUCUCAUGUGCAAUCUCUCCUUUGCAGACUUUUGCAUGGGGCUCUAUCUGCUGCUCAUUGCCUCAGUUGAUUUCCAAACCAAAGGCCAGUAUUAUAACCAUGCCAUAGACUGGCAGACAGGGAGUGGGUGUAGUGCUGCUGGCUUUUUCACUGUAUUUGCAAGUGAACUUUCUGUCUAUACCCUCACAGUCAUCACACUAGAAAGAUGGCACACCAUCACCUAUGCUAUUCAGCUGGACCAAAAACUGCGAUUAAGACAUGCCAUUCCAAUUAUGCUUGGAGGAUGGCUCUUUUCUACUCUAAUUGCUGUGUUGCCCCUUCUGGGUGUCAGCAGUUACAUGAAGGUCAGUAUUUGCCUCCCCAUGGAUGUGGAAACCACUCUCUCACAAGUCUACAUAUUAACCAUCCUGAUACUCAAUGUGGUAGCCUUCCUCAUCAUUUGUGCUUGCUACAUCAAAAUUUAUUUUGCAGUUCAAAAUCCAGAACUGAUGGCUACCAACAAAGAUACAAAGAUUGCUAAGAAAAUGGCGGUCCUCAUCUUCACCGAUUUCACCUGCAUGGCACCUAUCUCUUUUUUUGCCAUUUCAGCUGCCUUCAAAGUGCCCCUCAUCACAGUAACCAACUCUAAAGUUUUACUGGUUCUUUUUUAUCCUGUCAAUUCUUGUGCCAAUCCAUUUCUGUACGCGAUUUUCACAAAGGCAUUCCGAAGGGAUUUCUUUCUGUUGCUGAGUAAAUUUGGCUGCUGUAAACAUCGGGCUGAACUUUAUAGAAGGAAGGAUUUUUCAGCUUAUACCUCCAACUGCAAAAAUGGCUUACCUGGAUCAAAUAAGCUUUCCCAGCCUACCUUGAAGUUGACCACAUUGCACUGUCAAUAUACAGCUGUCCCGGACAAGACUUGCUGUAAAGAGUGUUAACUGUUACAUCAGUAACCACAUUGUUGAAUUGUACUUAAAUAUGUAAACAAUUAGCUGUACCAGUAAUUUUAACAAAGAGUUGAUUUUAGGAAAUAAUUAUUUAUUCUUAGGCACACUGGGCAAAAAGAAACCUCUAGCUAGCUCAGAGUGUGGUCCAUGACCAUUGCCCGUCUAAAAACUAUUCUUUUUCAUCUAAAAACUUUGUACAUGAUGACAGACAAUGCAAAAGUUGAGAGUGUUUAGAAAAUUUAUAGUAAUUUUGACAGAGUAAUUUUGUGUCUGUUGAAUAUAGUAUUAAAAAAGUGAGACAGUAUUUUGCAUGUCUUUGAUUUUUUUUCUCAUUUCAUCUUUGUAGUAAUU